GAUGCGGCGUACACCUCCAGACUGGUUAGAACUAGAUGAGACUGGUUUGUCACACAUUGUGAAGAAAACAAAACAACACAGACUUAAGAGGUUAGGGUGACAUGAUUAGAAGCGGUGCACCCUGGGUGUUUGGACAGAUUAUCUGUUGACUGUUUCUGAGUGACAUGGAUUCAGAAAUCGAAACAGACCUGCGACCAGCGAGUUUUUCCUCUUGUUAUUUCAGUGAUGAAACUAAAUGGAUUAACACAACGUUGCAUCCGCUUUUAUUUUCUCUGUUCUGUCCUGGAGACUUGAAUUAAAGGCACCAUUUCAACCGAAGGUUUGGGAUGCAUUUCUGAACCAGACGCUCCGAGGUGUCCGGCCCAUAACUCUUCAGCACGCGGUCAGCUCCGGAUUCAGAUCAACAGUCAAAACCUCCAGCAAGAGCAGCAACGUCUCCACAGCAACAUCGUGUCCAACAGGAAGCCACAAGAUGGGGAAUAUCUCGUUUAAACCAAGUGAAGAUGAACCUUUGGAAAGCAAGAUGGAGAGGCUUAAGGUUAAGAAAAUCCCCACAGGCCAAACCUUUGGAGCAGAUAAAGUUUUGUUUGAUCAAGUUGCGAUGAAACUCAAUGAAAAAGGCAUGAAGGAGAAGCAACACUUCAUUGUUUUCUGUCCCAUCACGUCUCGUGUUGGUUCAGAUGUGGAAGCAGCCAUGGAGAUUGCGAAAAGAGAGAUCAACAAUGAUCAACAACAGUCAGAUCCAACACAAGAUGAUCAAGGAAUCAUCCUGGUUUUGAUGCACCACACCAGAGAUCCUGACUACUCAACUGCUGGGAUAAAUUAUUGUGAAACAAUCAGUGAUGUUGACUUGAAUGUUCAUGUUCUGUUUCAUGAAACUAUGCAGGGCUUAUUGAAAUGUUCACAAAAUGAAAAGGCAGUGAGUGAAAUUGUAGAUUUUUUAAGACAAGAGCCACCAAAAAAACAAAAGACAAGGAAGGACCAAGACCAAAAUACAAACCAGUCACAAGUUAAUGCAACGGACCAAAAUGCAGAAAAGACAGAAGUUAAUGUAGCAGACCAAAAUCCAGAAAAGACAGAAGUUAAUGCUGCAGACCAAAAUGCAGAAAAGACAGAAGUUAAUGCUGCAGACCAAAAUCCAGAAAAGACAGAAGUUAAUGUAGCAGACCAAAAUGCAGAAAAGACAGAAGUUAAUGUAGCAGACCAAAAUGCAGAAAAGACAGAAGUUAAUGUAGCAGACCAAAAUGCAGAAAAGACAGAAGUUAAUGUAGCAGACCAAAAUGCAGAAAAGACAGAAGUUAAUGCUGCAGACCAAAAUGCAGAAAAGACAGAAGUUAAUGCUGCAGACCAAAAUGCAGAAAAGACAGAAGUUAAUGCUGCAGACCAAAAUGCAGAAAAGACAGAAGUUAAUGUAGCAGACCAAAAUGCAGAAAAGACAGAAGUUAAUGCUGCAGACCAAAAUGCAGAAAAGACAGAAGUUAAUGCUGCAGACCAAAAUGCAGAAAAGACAGAAGUUAAUGCUGCAGACCAAAAUGCAGAAAAGACAGAAGUUAAUGUAGCAGAUCAAAAUGCAGAAAAGACAGAAGUUAAUGCUGCAGACCAAAAUGCAGAAAAGACAGAAGUUAAUGCUGCAGACCAAAAUGCAGAAAAGACAGAAGUUAAUGCUGCAGACCAAAAUGCAGAAAAGACAGAAGUUAAUGCUGCAGACCAAAAUGCAGAAAAGACAGAAGUUAAUGCUGCAGACCAAAAUGCAGAAAAGACAGAAGUUAAUGUAGCAGACCAAAAUGCAGAAAAGACAGAAGUUAAUGCUGCAGACCAAAAUGCAGAAAAGACAGAAGUUAAUGCUGCAGACCAAAAUGCAGAAAAGACAGAAGUUAAUGCUGCAGACCAAAAUGCAGAAAAGACAGAAGUUAAUGCUGCAGACCAAAAUGCAGAAAAGACAGAAGUUAAUGUAGCAGACCAAAAUGCAGAAAAGACAGAAGUUAAUGCUGCAGACCAAAAUGCAGAAAAGACAGAAGUUAAUGCUGCAGACCAAAAUGCAGAAAAGACAGAAGUUAAUGUAGCAGACCAAAAUGCAGAAAAGACAGAAGUUAAUGCUGCAGACCAAAAUGCAGAAAAGACAGAAGUUAAUGCUGCAGACCAAAAUGCAGAAAAGACAGAAGUUAAUGCUGCAGACCAAAAUGCAGAAAAGACAGAAGUUAAUGUAGCAGAUCAAAAUGCAGAAAAGACAGAAGUUAAUGCAGCAGACCAAAAUGCAGAAAAGACAGAAGUUAAUGCAGCAGACCAAAAUGCAGAAAAGACAGAAGUUAAUGCUGCAGACCAAAAUGCAGAAAAGACAGAAGUUAAUGCUGCAGACCAAAAUGCAGAAAAGACAGAAGUUAAUGCUGCAGACCAAAAUGAGGUAAAUUAAUAAGUUAAUGCUGCAGACCAAAAUGCAGAAAAGACAGAAGUUAAUGCUGCAGACCAAAAUGCAGAAAAGACAGAAGUUAAUGCUGCAGACCAAAAUGCAGAAAAGACAGAAGUUAAUGCUGCAGACCAAAAUGCAGAAAAGACAGAAGUUAAUGCUGCAGACCAAAAUGCAGAAAAGACAGAAGUUAAUGCUGCAGACCAAAAUGCAGAAAAGACAGAAGUUAAUGCUGCAGACCAAAAUGCAGAAAAGACAAAAGUUAAUGCUGCAGACCAAAAUGCAGAAAAGACAGAAGUUAAUGCUGCAGACCAGUUGUAGAGGGUUUUUUCUAGCAAUCUUUAAACGCAACAUGAGGUCUAAGACGCUUGCGCUGGUUUGUGGAUGUGACAGAAACCUGCUGCUGCUGAGCUGAGCUGCACAGGUCUGUGUUAUAAUUAUGAAAGCAAAGCAGCAAAAGACAAAGACCUCUUGGGAGGAGAUGUUUGUGGGAAAACCUGGUAAGUUGUCUCCUAAAACUUACAGAGGGAGUUGAGUAAUACGGUUGGAUGCAGGUAAUAUUAGCUACAUGAUGACUAGCAGAUGCCAUUAUAUCAUGUUAAGAAUAGGCUACUAGUAUUGUUUAUCUAUAUUCAAAAGUGGGUUGUGCUGGUUAUUUAAUACAGGAUUUCUUGGGGGAAAAUUUAUUUAGGGUAGUAUAACUGCACUGUACUUUUUUGUUCUUUCACUUGAGUAAUAUUACUUCUUCUCUUACUAAAGUGGACUGAUUUUACAUUUAAAGAAAUAGAUUUUAGAGAUGGGAAACCUUAGCUUUCUGCACUGUAUGAGCUAGUGUGACCUUAAUUCUUGUUUAUUUUGUUUUAAUAAACAUGGUUAUCCUAUUUGUAGCAUAAAGAUUUGUUUACGUAUUUAUAUUAAAGUAAAAGCUUGUUUAUCUGCCUCCCCCCACAUCGUCUUACCCUCCAAAUUAAGCCAGUGACCUCCUUGCUAAACUCUUCUGGAGCCGGGGAUGUGCAUCGGAAAGCAGGUUCUCUUCACCUGAACUCAGUGAAGGGAGUUUCUCUCUGUCCCCAACAUAAUGCUGAACUGUAGAUGUCUUCAAACACACCAUCCAUCCUCCAAUGGAACUGGAGGAAACUGUACAUUUAACUGUAACUUUAAUUGAUACUUAAAUCACAUAAUAAAGACUUAAUUUUCUUGGGUGUAAA